AUGACGAUUCAAACAACAACUGGGUUGGCAGCCCGUCUGGUCGCCAAACGCGCCACAUUCCCCGCAUCUCGACGAAACUUCAGUGCUUCUCGUUCAGCUCUGAAAGAGAUUCAGGAGGCUUACAUUCUCAGUGGUGCUCGAACACCUACUGCUAAGGUGAAGCUUUUUACAGAUCACCCCUCGCCGUCUUCUUUAUCAACUAACGACUCAAAUCAGUUCAACGGAUCGUUCGUCUCGGUAUCCGCUCCCGAAUUGGGUGCAGUUGCCAUCAAGUCCGCCGUGAGCAAAUCUGGCGUUCCUGUUGAGAAGAUUACCGAUGUGUACAUGGGCAAUGUUCUUCAGGGUGCAGUUGGUCAAGCGCCAGCUCGCCAGGCUUCCAUGUUCGCCGGACUCUCUCCUACGGUGGAAUCCAUGACGGUAAACAAAGUGUGCGCAUCCGGCCUCAAAGCCGUGGCCCUCGCCGCUCAAAACAUUCAACUCGGUCUGGCCGAGGCCCAGGUUGCAGGUGGUAUGGAGAACAUGUCCCGCGUGCCCUACUAUUUGCCUCGAUCCACCCAGUUGCCACCCUUCGGAGAAAUCAAGUUACAGGAUGGUCUGAUCCAGGACGGCUUGUGGGAUGUCUACAACCAGUUCCACAUGGGCAUAUGCGCUGAAAAAACAGCUAAGAAGUAUGAGAUUUCGCGCGAGGAACAAGAUCAGUACGCCAUUCAGUCGUAUCAGCGAGCGCAAGCAGCUUGGAAGGAGAAUAAAUUCGCCGAGGAGAUCGCCCCUGUUACCGUCAAAGGCAAGAAGGGAGAGACAGUCAUUGAACGUGAUGAGGGCUACGAGAACCUUCGAAUUGAUAAGAUGACCACACUGAAACCAGCCUUCUUGAGGGAUGGCACCGGCACAGUGACCGCUGGCAAUGCUUCCACCAUGAAUGAUGGUGCCUCGGCGCUCGUCCUGGGCAGCAAAGCUAUUGCACGUGAGUUCGCUCAGGGUAACCGGGCUCUUGCGCGCAUCGUCUCUACCGCAGAUGCCGCCAUCGAUCCAGUGGAUUUCCCCGUUGCCCCAGCCAAGGCCGUUCCCGUCGCCCUCGAGCGGGCAGGUAUCACUAAGGAUCAGGUCGCGGUUUGGGAGUUCAACGAGGCCUUUGCUGCUGUCAUCAAGGCUAACGAGAAGAUUCUCGGUCUGCAGAAUGCUAGGGUCAACCCUCUUGGAGGAGCCAUUUCCCUGGGACACGCCCUGGGAAGCUCUGGCUCUCGUAUUUUGGUCACUCUUCUCCAUCAAUUGCAGCCUGGAGAGUACGGUGUGGCUGCUAUCUGUAACGGCGGUGGUGCUGCAACUGCAAUGGUUGUUCAGAAGCUGGAUCGGGUCGACUGA